GGGGGGUUUUUCCCCUAUUUUACCUAUUUAUGUGCAAUACUAAAAAAAAAAAAAAAAGGAAAAUUGCCUCUCUUAAUUGCGUCUCUUCCUCUUAUUUGUUCCAAUACGGCAAUACACCGUUCCACUCCUCUUCCUCUUCCAUUGAAACGCUUUCAGCGGCCUAUUUCUCGUCUUUACUUACUUCAACACAGCGGGGUGAUUUUGAGGGGCGCAAGUUAGCAAAGAUGGGGACGAUGUCUCAUUCAUCUACUUUCCUCCUCCCAGAUCUUCCUACCGACAACGGACCUGCUCUAACGUAUGCGCUUGUUAUCCUUAACCAACGCCUCCCUCGAUUCACUCCUUUGCUCUGGGAGCACGCACAGGUUCAUGUUUGCGCUGACGGUGGAGCGAAUAGGGUGUUUGAUGAAUUGCCCCGCUUUUUUCCUCAUGACGACCCUUCUGAUAUUCGUAAGAGGUACAAGCCAUAUGCUAUAAAAGGAGAUAUGGAUUCAAUCAGAACCGAUGUUCUUGACUUUUAUAGAGGCCUGGGGACCAAGAUAAUUGAUGAAUCUCAUGAUCAAGAUACCACAGAUCUUCAUAAAUGUGUUGCAUAUAUUCGUGAAUUACUAAACCCAGAACAUCCAAAUUUGUGUAUUCUAGCCACCGGAGCACUUGGUGGAAGGUUUGACCAUGAGAUGGGAAAUAUUAAUGUCAUAUGCCGUUUCCCGUCCAUGCCGAUUAUUCUUCUCUCUGAUGACUGCCUCAUCCAACUUCUUCCGAGUACACAUCAUCACAAGAUUCAUAUCCAGUCCUCUGUUGAGGGCCCACACUGCGGACUCAUACCCAUUGGAACGGCUGCUGGAAGAACCACAACCACAGGUCUCAAAUGGAAUUUGGACAAGACAGAAAUGAGGUUUGGUGGUUUAGUCAGUACAUCUAAUAUCGUGAAAGAGAACAUAGUAACAGUGCAAUCUGAAUCUGACCUCCUAUGGACGAUUUCUAUAAAAAAAGAAUGAAGGAUGCAGCUUGCAUAUGACACAAAUGAAGAGCCAAAUUUUGCUAGAUGAAUCGUGGGUGCUGACCUCCAUUUUCUGUUCAAUUCUUUCCAGAUAAAGAAGUUUCACAGAGUUUGAAAAUUGUUGGGGUUCUUAUUUUUUUUGGGAAUACAGUAUCUCUCCAGUCCGAUUGUGUGCUGGCACACAGCAGUUUCUUUGGCGUCAAGUGCCUGUAUCGCAGUAGUCUUGGGGAAACAAACAACACGGGGUCUUAUGAGUAAAGAGUGCUUGUGGGGGUUUACCUUUGAUUAUCAACUUCUGUUUAUGUGCUUGAUUCAUUAAACGCAUUUGGUCCAGCAGUUCUCUAAUCUUUUGUACACAUAACUCUUUUACCAUUAUAAUGAAACAUGGAGACGUAUAUUUUUUCUUUUAAAAAAAA